AUGGUAUUCAGCGACCACCUAAGUGACGCCAAUAGGCUUGCACAGUGGAGCCUAUGCCACCCAAACAUCCGUCCAGCUCCAAACUUGCCAUUCCAUGAGAAGAUCGAGUUCGAUAAAAACGGUGACUUUCUUACGCCACCGCCUGGUGUUGCUCUAUCGGAUACCCUAGUCUUCCUGGCCAUCACAUACAGCGUGCCCAUCCGCCAGCGCAAUGCAAAGUGGCCGGCUGAUUUUCAUACCGACGGGGACGUUUACUCGGAGAGGCGGCCGAGGGGAUGUACCGUUGUGCUUUGGGCUUUGGGAUUGUCGUUUAUCCGGAGCUGGACCUCGGAACGGAUGUCUCCCAUCAGUCCUUCCUGGCGGGGUAGCUCUCUCUUCGCAAGUUGCCACAAUGGUACCUCAUCCACCGUUUGA